UAUUCAUGAAGAAGAAGUUUCAAUUAAUUUAAAUAAUCAAAUAGUCAAUUUUGUGAAUAAUAAAGAACAAAAUAAAAGUACUGAAAUUAGUAUUUCUAUAGCAAUAACUGAGGCUUCUUGUAAAAUGUAA